AUGGUGACCAAGUUUUACCAGCACAUUCUGGCCUUAGUGUUUGCUAUUGAGGAGCUCAAUCGUAAUCCAAACAUUUUGCCCAAUGUCACUCUGGGCUUCCGCAUCUAUGAUAGCUACAUCGAUAAAAGAUGGACUUAUCGGACCAUUCUUGACCUGCUCUUCAAAUCUGAUGGCUUUUACCCAAACUUCUAUUGUGGCAUUGAGAAACUUGUGGUAGGCAUCAUUGGAGGACUUAGCUCUGAAACUUCUUCAUGCCUGGCAGACAUCUUAAGUCUUUACAAGAUUCUACAGAUUUCAUUUGGUUCAUUUAAAUCAACAGUGAAUGACUUGAUUCAUUUCCCUUCAUUUUACCGCAUGGUCCCCAAUGAAGCCCUUCAGUAUGUGGGAAUUGUCCAGUUGCUUGUCCAUUUCAGAUGGAAAUGGGUUGGGUUCAUCACUCCCGAUGAUGAAGGUGGAGAACAUUUCUUGGAGAUGUUAGAGCCAAUGCUUUCUAAGAAUGGAAUCUGUGUGGCCUUCACAGAAAGGACUCUAACAAAGGUCCAGCUUGGUAGUUUAGAUGAUCUGCUGAAAUUUAGUGACAGUAAUGCUGCAUCUUUUCUGGACAGCAAAGCAAAUGUUAUUGUUGUAUAUGGAGACACCGCAACCACUAUGUGGCUGGCAAAUACUCUCUGGGUGCCAGCACAAAUGGUGUCCAUAAGAGAGACAGAACCUACGGAGAGAACAUCUAAAGGGAUAGUGUGGGUUACAACUGCCCAGUUUGAUUUUGCGAUAACUCAUUUUCAAAAGGAAUUUGACAUACAGAUUUUCCAUGGUGCUCUUUCUUUCACAAUUCACUCAAAUGCAAUCCUAGGAUUCGAAACAUUUCUUCAGAUUAAAAAAUCCUACUGGACUAAUGAGAACAGUUUUAAUAAAGACUUCUGGGAAGAAAUAUUUGACUGUGAAUAUCCAGAUUCUCUUAAUCCAACCAAUUCUGAUAAAACAUGUACUGGAGAUGAGAAACUGGAGAGUGUUCCAGCAACAUUCUUUGAAAUGAGCAUGACUGGACACAGCUACAGUAUCUACAAUGCUGUCUAUGCUAUAGCACAUUCCUUGCAUAUGAUGUAUUCAUACAGAGCCAAGCAUGCACUUGUGAAGGAUGGUGACAAACUGGCUUUUCUAACCCUUGAGCCCUGGCAGCUCCACCUAUUUCUUCAGAGAAUCUCAUUCAACAACAGUGCUGGAGAUGAAAUUAUGUUCAACAGAUAUGGAGAAUUAGUAGCUGGAUUUGACAUCACCAAUUUGGUCACUUUCCCAAAUAACUCCUAUAUACGAGUCAAAGUUGGAAAGCUGGAGGCUCAGACUCCUCCCGGAAAAGAGCUCACUGUUCAUGAUGAUAGAAUCAAAUGGCAUGGCGACCUCAGUCAGGUACCUCCCAUAUCUCUGUGCAAUGACCUCUGCUAUCCUGGUUACAGCAGGAAAAUGAAGGAGGGAGAGAAAUUCUGCUGUUAUGAUUGUGAUCCAUGUCCCAAAGGGAAGGUGUCAAACCAAGAAGGCAUGGAUUAUUGUGUCUCUUGCCCAGAGGGUCACUAUCCAAACAAGGUCCAAGAUCAAUGCAUCCCCAAGAUUCCAAGAUUCCUUUCCUUUGCAGAUCCUUUGAGCAUUAUUUUAGCCUUUAUGGCUCUUUUCUUUUCUCUGAUCACAGCUGUACUGCUUGCAAUCUUCAUCAAGUACAAGGACACACCUAUAGUCAAAGCCAACAACCGGAGCCUCAGCUACAUCCUUCUGGUCUCUCUCUUUCUCUGCUUCCUCUGCUCUUUGCUCUUCAUUGGAAAGCCUAACCAGGAGACCUGCCUCCUCCGACAAACAGCUUUUGGCAUCAUCUUCUCUGUCGCUGUAUCUUCUGUGCUGGCAAAAACCAUUACAGUGGUGGUGGCUUUCAUGGCCUCUAAGCCAGGAAACAUUUUCCGGAAGUGGGUGGGGAAAUGGUUGGCUCAUUCUAUUGUCAUUUCCUGUUCCUUGGUUCAAAUAGGCAUUUGUGCUGUUUGGUUGGGUGCUUCUCCUCCAUUCCCAGAUUUGGAUAUGCACUCACUGACUGCAGAAAUUAUAAUACAGUGUAAUGAAGGGUCUGUUAGCCUCUUUUUUUGUGUUCUGGGCUAUCUGGGCUUCCUUGCCAUUGUCUGCUUCACCAUGGCCUUCCUAGCCAGAAAGUUACCGAACAGUUUUAACGAAGCCAAGUUCAUCACCUUCAGCAUGUUGGUCUUUUGCAGUGUUUGGCUUUCAUUCUUUCCAACGUACAUGAGUACAAGAGGAAAAGACAUGGUGAUUGUGGAGAUUUUCUCCAUCUUGGCCUCCAGUGCUGGGUUAUUGGGCUGCAUCUUUUUGCCCAAAUGUUAUAUCAUUAUACUGAGGCCUGAGAUGAAUAUCAGAGAGUAUUUAAUGAGAAAAGAAAUUCAGAUUGAUUUUGAAGAAGAAGUGGGGUUGUGUUGGGUUUUAGCAAAUGAGACAUCACUUGAGUAA